ACAGUCUUCGAAUCCCUACAUCCUCCGUGCCUGUCACCAUCAGCUUCCUCACAAUUUUCGUCGUCGCUAGUAUCAUGUCCUCUAAAAACACAUGGACGCAACGGGUGUCAGCCCAAGAUCAUGAGAAAUCAAAUCAGCCCGUUGUCGAAUGAUAUGAGGCAUGGAGCCGCGUGGGGGGUUGGUAUCCGCAAAAAUAGCGACAGCGGCCGUCCCCUUCUCCAUGCUCCACUUCACUCUGUGACUCUCUAGAGACUGGAGAACUUUCCUCGAGCGGCAGAGCGGCAGCAAAGAGAGGCCAACGGCGAUGGCAACACACCACACGCCGGGCCAAGAUAGACUGCCAUUGAAUACUACGAUGGCGGUAGCCUGUGGGGACGGCAAACUCGACAUUGGCAGUCCGGCACGAAUGGUCCCUUCAAAAUUCAGACAACUGAUGGAUGCUGGUGCAACCAACCAACUAAGCACCACCUUGACGUUUUCGUGUGUCUCUGCUUCUGCAGCGGCCUCUUUUCGUGUCUCGCCAGUUCUGUCUCAAGACGACUCCCCUCUCCUAGCCCACCACAACCACGUAACGACAAUGGCAACUGAUCGACCCUGCUGCAGCAAGUGGGCGAGGGUAAGGGGAGGGACAGAGACACAGAGACCAGGUGAAAAGCCGUCGUGCUCCUCAUUGGCCGCCAGCCAAAUUGGGCAGAUCCAACGCCAAUUUCAACACCAUCCUGUCGUGGAGUGGCGUCAGAGCGAAAACCUGGGGUUCACCAUCGUUAUCCAUCCAUCCCAGCACGCAAUUGAGAUUUCGUUGCGCCCUAGGAGUAUUGCGAGAUACCCGUCGUGCCGUCGUCGGCUUUCGUUGUCAACAAGAGGGCUGUAUCCUGGUUUCGAGAGUUUCGACACAAUCCUCAUGACCGCCUCUACCCAGGUGAACCUGGCAUGACAACCAAACGUUAUUUCGCAACGGACGACUCCAAGUCCGUCCAUGGGUCUACUCAAACUCCCAGUAAAUACGAAAUGAUAUCCGUACUGUGGCAUCACAACACCCCGAAGCUAUGUCACCCUCGAUCGGCUGGUCUGCGUACUGCCAUCAUCGUCUGUUUCCCUAGCCCAUUCAUCUGCGUUACAGACACUGCGAAACAUGCUGUCUUCCUAGCUCAUGCGGACCAAAGAAC